UGUUGGUUCUUGACUUGGCUUGCGUUGCGCGAGCGUUACGUGAUUUAGGGCCGCAAGCGAUGGUGGCCUGCGAGGAAUAGUGAGGCUAUAUUUCCCCAUGGAAAGCCUCGGCUGCAAAGCAGCAAUUUCUCACCUCGGCUGUGCGGCCGCACCGAGAAUCGCAAGAUCGCUAUUACCAGGUUUGCGGAUCCCUGUAAGUCCCUUGAAGCAUGGUAGAUCCCUCUUGAUCAGAGCUUCAUCACCUGGAAACCCUGUCCCUGUAAGCAAUGGUAACGGUCAGAGAAAGAAAAAUGACGCUCUCCAAGAGACAAUCUUUCAGCUAGAAGGGCUGUUGAAAGAACCUGGUGAGGUGUUGAAUGACAUCGGCGGACAGCUCUCGGCCAAGGACUUGCAGCUCGUUCUCGCUUACUUUGCGGAAGAAGGUAGAGAUUCUUGGUUUGCGCUGGAAGUCUUCGAGUGGAUGCAAAAAACCAACCGAGUGGAAAAUGACACACACCAAUUGAUGAUGUCGAUCAUGGUGAAUUGGGCGAUGAAGCUGGUGGAACAAGAGAAGCCUGUGGAACAAGUGAAAGCGCUGUUAGAAGACAUGUACUGCGUGGGCCUCACUCCAGAAUCGCGCAUCAUGCACUCUAUAGUAGCUGCCUACUGGGAAAAAGGAAAGGCGUCCGAGGCACUUACUUUUGUAAAGGAGGUGAUGAGCUCCAAGUGGUACCAAGACCGAGCUGACGAUCCUCUACAAUAUCUCAUCGUAAAGAUGGUCUCCAGCAAACAAUCCAAGCAGGCGAUUCGACUAGUGACCGAGAUCCGAAAUGGUGGUCUACCGUUGAAAGGCACAACGUACAGCGCUGCGAUGCUGGCUGCAGUUCACGAACAAGAGCAGCUGAGCUUUGCUGUUCACCAGCUGCGAAAGUAUCAGAAGAAAGGCGUCAUUAGCAUCGAAGGCAGCGACAAGUCCAUAAGAACUUACGAGGCAUCGUUGCAUCGUCAAGCCGAGCAGUUUACUCAAUGGGCAGCCGAGGACGAGCAGUCGCAGGAACUUAUGCCGACGAUCUACGAAAGGCUGCUAGCAAUGUACUGUCUGGCAGGCAAAGGUCUCGAUGCGGAGCGUAGCUUGUGGAAGUUGAAGCUGGCAGGACGGUCCCCAGCUCCGUCCAUGUUCAACACGAUACUCGGCAUAUGUGCUUUCAAUAACCGAGCCGAAGACGCUUAUCGGAUCUUUGGAAAGAUGGAAGCGUCGGGAAGAGAAGCGACCAAGUUAACCUUCUCCGUGCUGAUUGGAGGCUUCAUCAAAGGUGGUAAUCCCGCUGAGGCAGCUUCGGCCAUGUCUAAGAUGUUGGAGCGAGGACUUCGGCCGGAGGUGCCAGAGAUGCUUGUCGUGCUGAGGUCUUUGCGGAGCGCUGACAUGGUGCCGUUGUAUAUGACGCUUGCCAAAACUCUCUCCGACGAAGGACUGAUGGAACCGCGCAUCAUGUACUUUUACAUCGACUCGAUCAAGCUCUGUAUCAUCCGCCUGUUGUGAAUCCUUGUGAAAAGAAAUAAACUCCCUUGACUCCACCUUCUCGCGCCUGGCUAAAGAAACGACGGAUGAAUGUCGUCUGUCGCAAGUUCGUCCGUGAGCUGUGUGCAAGGCAUCUUCAGGUACGCUUAGAUUCUCCGGAAGGAACCACUUUCUGCUAGAAGACUGAGCUCUGCCCUGCAAAUCCGUAUCACGCUCCACGUUCGGAUCUUUGUUUCAUCGGUCUCUAGAUACUUCCUCCAUUUGCUCGAAACUGUCCUUGUUUCAGUCCUUCUGCUAGCUCCACCAGCAUUUUGUUUUCUCCACUCGUCCAAACCGAUCCCUGUUUCAGACUUAGUGCCGCGGUCGUUCUUCACAGAGACAUUUUCCUUUCCGCACGAGCUUCAAACCGUGAAUCCUGCCAAGUGUUGCAAUCAGAAAAUGGAGAAGAGAACAAAAACAAUUUACCA